CCGCAUUAUAUUUGGAGGAGGUGGUGCUUUUACUUAUCAAUAUCAGGCGCAUUUACUACCUGCUUCUACGGAAGAAGAAGAUGGGGUACCGGCACUCGCUGAAAAGCUCCGCGAGCGCAGCGGAUUUCCCCUGGGCUGCAAAUAAUAGUAUCUCGUCUUCCCAAGACCACCGCGGAAACAGUGUCAACGACCAGGUGGUCGCGAGAACCGCGAGCAGCACGAAUGCAGACCUGCAGAUUGGCAUGAACUUCUCCGCCGCUCAUCCGAGCCAAGGCACAACAUCAGGAGCAAGGACAACUAGUACUUCUUCUUUCGCGUCCCCGAGUGGUGGAAAUAAAGUGUCGAAGGCAACUACAUCAAGAUCCACCUCCAGUGUGCUCCCGACAGGAGCUCCUUCCGGGACCACAAAGCCUUCUGGGGCUGGUACUAGCUCCACCACGGGUCGUGCGUUUUGCCCCUCGCAGCACCACAGCUGCAAUUCAUCUGGGCAAAGUUCAGCAUCCGUCAUUCCAGCGGGUCACACCCGAAGCGAAAACGCCCAGAGCGGCCAGCAGCAGCAUGCGAAGAAGAAGCUCCGCGGCUUAUCCUGAGUAAAAACGACGUUCCCACACCAGCGUCAAGAUGGGAUAUCUGCUAGACAAAUCAGCCAGCUUUGGUUGUUUCGCAUGACCUGUUUGCCCUCGUAGUGUGAUCCUGUCUAGCUAGUUCAGCAGCGUCACAGAUCUAGUGUGCCGCGCUGAUUCUAGCAUCACAAAUCCCAAAAGAGAACUAGAAGACGCUUCUCAAGGGGGUCCGCAUGAGAAACCUCUUUGGCAUGCAGAUUCGCAUGACAACUCUGGGGCGGGGGCGUUUUUACAUAUGAUACGGCUCGUACGAGUUUUUGCAGGAACGGGUGUUCGCACUGUCGCACUCCCGCUGGUCGCCGACCAAGCACUCGCCGGAGCUUCCCGAGUUCGCGUCCUACUCGUCCCUUUUAAACUACCUUCACCGGUCGGCGGGCAUCUACAGUUCGGUUUUGAAAUACAUGCUGCUAACCACGAUCAUUUCGAUCGUUUUCUUCAAGCUCGACGAGGAGUUUUCGGUAUCAAAUGUAAGUAAAAAUGUCUGGGUCUGGAAGAAUCCGAACUUGUGAUGCUGCAUUUGGAUUCCAGAAAAAUCUGUAUUGCAUGAGUACCAAAGGGAAUGCAAUUUCUGCUACGCUGAGAAGGCAUUUGUCAUGCGCAAUAGGCUUCAAGAAGCCCUCAAAAAAUCUGUAUUGCUAGGGUAUGCAUCACAGACGUCAUGGCUCAUGCAAAACGUGCGUGACAAGUGUCAGAAUCUUCCAGACCCAGACAUUUUUACAUUUGAUAUUCGGUGAUUACGGACAACUUCAGCAGUAUGCUGAGCGCCAACAGCGGUAAUUCCACCCCCUUGAUUUCCAUUUUCACGGGCGUGCUUUCCUUCACGCUGGUAUUCCGCAUCAAUCUCGCCUACGGUCGCUGGUGGCAGAGUCGUUGCUCGGCGGAAAAAUUUGCCGUGAAACUGAUGCUAUCCAAUGCAAAAGAAAAUGUCGAAAUCAACAAGAUCAUCUGGAAGGUUAGGUUAUCGACGACUUACGAUGCUGAACUUGUCCUCCUUGCGAUGCACCAUGCUGCGCUAUAGUCUCGUGCUGCUCGUUAUUUAUGAUCAUGCACAGAUGAACAUGAACAACGCGGUGUUCUUCUGUCAGGCGCGUUCGGAACUAUAUGUCUGGCUGCACACUCUUGCGAAAUGUCGUGUCGUCAUUUUCCAUGUAGUAACUGCUGUGUAUACUUUCCAGUUCUGAACAUCGACAUCUUUGCCAUGGUGCAUAGAGAAACUGCGGACUGCAGGCGGCGGUGUUUGACCAAUUUACGAUCGCGCGGACGACCGAGCCGAGAAACGCCAGCAGAAGACAAGACGCGCUGUUCGACUUCCGAGCGCAAAUCUGCGCUUUGAUCUCGUUCGCACACGCGGAGGCCGUGAAGGAGUGGGGCGGUAUUGUGGAAGUCGAAAACUUGACGGAGUUUUUUCUCAAGGAUUUCGAAGCCCUGAAGAGCAACAACGAUUGCCGCUGCGGGGUGAUGCAGGCAUACACGUGGAUCAUGAUGCUGCUGACCGAACGCUUUUGCCAGCAUGCGGUAGUGAGAAAAAUAAACUCUGUUUCAUGUACUGCUCCUGCGAAACAAAACUACGAAAUUGAAAUUAUGAAGAAGCAGUAGAACUAGAUGCUCCUAGUACCAUCAUUUUACAAUCAAUGAAGCAGAAGUUGUAACACGAUAGCGAAAAUCAAAAGAAGUACGGCACUGCUUGUUCAAUCAAGGUUCCUUCUCCCAUCAUCGCGCGUUUGAAUUCGCUGCUCGACGAGGCGGUGGAGGCUUACUUUGAUGCGUUGCUGAUCCGAACGACCCCCUUCCCCAAGCCGUUCACGCAAAUCAUCAACAUCGGCUUGUUCUUGACCUUGUUUCUGAUCCCGAUCGUGAUCCACGCGGCGCUUUUCCCGAACCUAAUCUCCAUCAUCCUUCUGAACAACUGCUCCUGUUUUGGCUUCUUCGCGCUCGCCCAGGUCGCGAGCGAGCUAGAGGAUCCGUUCUAUGACUUGCUCAAACGUUACAAUCUCAAACGUUACAAUAGAAUCUGGAAUAUGUGUUGCAUGAUGAGCAUGACAGACUCGUCGCGCAGCGUUCCACCUUUUGCGAUACAAAUUUCGCCAGAUUGUAGUGAGGGUCGGGGCUCCGGAAGUUGUCAUGCGCAAUCCUAUGAGAGUUGGCUAGAUCAUGCACUCUUGCAUCACAGAUUUCCAUAUUCUAUCGUAACGUUUGAGAUUGUAACAUCUGAGCGGGUUAUACCUUCGGCGAGGAUUUUUUUGACCACCCCCUGGAGCAUUGGCAGUCCGACUUCGACCUAGUAUUGAAAGGAAAAACUCCCCCUCCCCAUAUUGAAAAGGUAUGGUUCCGAAAAUUUGUCUUGCUGAUUUGAGGUCACAAAUCACAUUUGUCUUGCAAGAAGACAAGGGCAGAAGCUUCCGCCCCAUUAUGGAAGCGAUUUGUCAUGCUCUUGGGCCUAAAGGGGGGCCGUUUGCCAUGCUGAACAACUAGAGGAAGACGCCCCGACCCAGCCUGGGGUCUGGCCGCAAUGCCUCUCUGCAAUACAAAGCUGAUUCGUAUACACAAAUCCAGCAUCAGAAGUUCCGUUUUGAUAUGGGGAGGGGAGAUUUUUCCUUUCGGCACCUAGUUCUCCUCGAUUUGGUGUUUUGCCGCAACGGCUUUUCCUUCCAGGUGCCGGAAGUCAUCGCGAAAACAACUUCUACUUUCAGCGGGCCAAAUUUCUCGUCUGGCGGGCGGGCUUCUUCCGUCAGUUUCGGCGACGACACUGCAGGAGGGGAGGACGAGGAUCACAAUUCUCUGGUAGCCAACCCGAGCGGCACCCGGAGUAGCACAAUUGGGCGAGCGACAAGUCACCAUGCAGCCGAGGAAUUAUUUCUUGGGGCAGCAUUGGAUCAUUAUACAACUUCUUCUAGUAGGGAACAGUACAUUAUUAAUAAUCCCUUGAUGCCGCCAGCAGUACCAGGAGAGCAGCAACGAUCUUCAUUACCGCCGGUCAUGGCUGCAAAUGCGAAAACUACAGGACGAGACAAUGAUGUACUACAAGGACAACCAAUAAAUCAGAAACAAGCGAAUUUCAAUUACGACUACGACUACCCAGCGCCCACGUUGCUGAAGGCGAGUCCAGCCAUGUUCACCUCCCAAGUAGUAGAUGAAAGGAAACCACAAUCAAGUGUAUCGUCGUCCGUUUUGCAUAAAGACGCAAACGGUCAUCGUGAGCUGCAGCAGCGUGGUCAGCAGCGAGUACUAGCAGACAACGCGACGUCGGAACAAAUAGAGAAGAAUCCUGGUGGGCUUCAGAAUACGGGAAUAAAUAACAGAGUGCAGCACGACUUUUCUUCGUUCCCCAGCGAAAAGAACGAACGGCAAGCAGCGCAAGAGCCACGAUCCGCAUCUUCGAGUGAAUUUCUUCCUGGAGCCGCACCGCAGACCCGGACGCAACACGGGUGCACUUCUGUUCCUCAAGCGCAGCAAAGAGAAAAACGGCAGCCGGGCAGGACCGCAGAAGACAGCACGGACAGCCCGGUCAUGACUCCAAUUGGGCAACGCCAAAAUGGUACGAACGGUAGUGGGAGAAACGGAUUAUUUCCGCGAUCUGGAGUUGCGGGAGGCCCAGGUCCAAGCGACCUGCAGCUUUCCCAGCACCAUUCUUCAGCCUAUUCUUCACAUCACAUGCGCCACAUGAGCAACCAAAUACAUCUGGAUGCAGAUGAUGCUGACAACAACGUGGUCCAGAUAAACAGUAAUACCAGGUCGAGUAGUCCGGCCUCGCACAAUUUUAGUUCGAACUACCCCCCGUUGCGUUUAGCCGAUGACGACAAUAGUGCACACCGCGGCCCGCAGGAGACACCGCAUCGUGCUGCGUGUGGUACAGAAGACGAUGCGGUAAAUCGGAAUCGCGAAAGCGCUGCGGGUUAUUUGAGAGUAUCUCCAUCUUCACAGCAGAUGCAAAUGUUGACGACGCAGAACCAGCAUACUAAUCUACGACCACUUGCGGACCACGCUUCGUAUUUGCAAGACGGUCAACAUCAGCAGCAGCCGAGCGGUCUGGUGACCAGACCGUCGGACAAAAAUUUCUACGGUAGUUGUAGGACCCGGAGCGAGUUCUCAGCUAAAACUGGGGGCGCACAGGUCGUGGAUCAUGAUAGCACGGCCAUGUUGCAAAUGACCGCCCCUGCGAUGGGAGGUUCGGGAGGACACGGCGGACCCCAACCGUUUCUCAGCCCGUUCAAAAAGAGUCGCGGAGAACAAGUAGAAGUUGUGCACGCGGGCGGCGCGAGCAGGGGCUGCGACAGUUUCCCUAGCGCUGGGGAGCGACCGCAGGCGGGCAUAACAACGCCUAGACUCACCGAUCCUGGUGCAGCAGCUGUGCCGAUGACUUCUGACCAGGCACAGAAUCCUUUUCAUCGUGGCAAUAGUACUACGAUGGGUUCUGGCUCUGGCAGCGGCACGGGUCCGGAAAAUAAAUCGCCCGAGCGAACCAUGCGAUUUAGUCAGAAGUAACAAUGAGCAGUAGCUCGAAUGUCUUGUUCGGAGAAGUUCUUCAGCGGCAUUCUUGCCAUUGGACAAUUUUUGGUAAAUUUGACUUUCAAGAUGUUGAAUUCGGGUGUGUUUGUCGUGUACUACAUUUACGGAAAGGAAAAGUAGUAGAGCUGCAUGUAGACCUCCUGUGAAGGCCGUCGCCUGAGGAGAUCUCCCGGUCGUAACGUGGGGAGAAGCAGGCCGCAUGCUUAUCAGGGCAAGCGGUUAGUAGAUCUGGUAGGUUGAAAGAGUGGCCCCAGUGAAUGAGGGCCACCGCCUCUCAUGAUGUCACCUAGUAGACCAUAUAUAUACGCGCAGGCCUUGUUGUUCUGCGGAAAGCAGCAAGCAGCUCCAUGGCCCAUGCGCGUGCGCUGCUGCGCAGGUUCGCAACAAAAAGGCACGCCGCCGCUGUGCUGUUUGUUGCCUGCCACUCGGGUGCCGCGGCUGCACCUCGCGCGUCCGCGGGACGCGACCGGGCAGCAAGCCGAGUGGCACCGCCGACGAGCGCAGCUGCGCUACCGUUAGGGGAGCGCAGCCACCCAGAUGGCUGGCCACCCCACCCUCCCGGAUGCCGCCCCUUAUCCGAGCUCGGCCAAGCCCAUGCCGAGAAUUAUAGCGCCGACCGUUGAUAGUGCGCGGCCACCCGGUUGGUCGGUACUAUGAAGAGCGCGCCACGACAGGCGAGCCCUGUGGCACCACUGAAACGGCCACACAGCAACACACUGGCGGCGCACAACCGCCCACGAGUUGAGCGCCCCCAGACAUGCAAAUGCUUGCGGUGGCUACGCAGUGCAAUUCCAAAUCGGACGAAAAUCAACGGCAGUCGUGGGGAGGUGUUGGUGUUCGCGAGGCACUACGUCCGACGCGCCUCCGAGCCGUGAGGGCACUCCUAGGGAUAGGAGAGAGGGACCGAAAGAGCACCUACUCCGGGUGCGAGAGAUCCUGCCGUGACAGAUCCUACGAUGCACUGAGAUCCAAUGGGCCCCUUGUACGUGCGAUGUUUGUGCACAGUGGUCGGCGUCACCUGUGGCUUCGAUCAUAAUAAUAGA